AAAUAAUUUCGCUUAGUACGUUCGUACGCCUGAAGCGUUUUUAUAUAUAAAAUAUAAAUAGUCUGUAAUUUUAAUAAAUAACCUCAAUAUGGAUGUCUUCUUGAUGAUUAGGCGAAAAAAGUUAACCAUCUUCACAGACGCAAAAGAUACUACUACAGUAUUAGAGUUGAAGAAAAUGAUUGAGGGUAUCCUGAAGGUACCACCACCAAGUCAAAUGCUGUUUAACAAGGACAGUCAGCUGAUGGAGGACGAUAAAACUCUUGCGGAAUAUGGUCUAACAUCAGCUACUGCUAAGGCACAGUGCCCAGCUCCUAUUGGACUGGCUUUAAGGAAAGAAAAUGGUGAAUUUGAAGCUCUUGACCUGACCCCAUACUCUUCACCUCCUGACCUGCCUGAUGUCAUGAAGUCACAGGAAACUAAUGGCCAGGAACAGAUGGAUCAACAUUAAGCGACUCUGCGAUGGUUUGGAUUACAUUCAUGCAAAUUACAACUCUGUACUAUUUGUACUAAAGUACUGUUUCAAAUACUUUCCUGUCAGUACCUACCAUUAAUGCUGGAGGGUGCCACCCUUCUUUAUAUUAUUUGAAAAAUAUUUUGUUAACAGUUUAUUAUGAUUUAUGUUUGAUUAUAACACAAAUCUACUCAAUUUUUAGUAUUUUUGUGACGCUUUGACGAAUGUAGCGCUUUUUUGUAGUGUAUCUAUAAAUUAAAACUUAUUGAGUAAAGACAGGUAACAUUAUCGCGUCGUAUGUGAUAAAUAAAAUUAAUGUAUUUAUUGCAAUGAGAUGGUGUAAGUUGGUGUCCCAUGUAUUAAGUAAUAUGAGAAAUAUAGAAAUGUUAUAUAAUCCCACAGUGAGACUUAGAAGGCGAGUCAUUAUUAUACACAACUAAGGUCUUUAACGCGGAUAAAAGGAAUAUAAAGUAGACAUGUGUCAUUCAUUUAUUUCUAGUGACCCGAUCAUUCAAGUAUUGAUAUGUCUUACGAACCAGGUAAUUCGGGUCGAUCAAACAAAUGGAUCAAUUCGAGUUUCAGUACUCUGUGAUUUGUGAGACCUGAUCGAUAAUGUCUGUCUUCAGAUAUUACUAUACUCUGGUCGUAGGUCCUGUCAAUCGUUCAGUACAGAACAUUCAAAAGAUGUAAUUGCAAUCAUCAAUACUUUGAUGUGACUCGAGUCAAAUAACCUAAUCACUCGCGAUUGACACAUCUCUAAUAUAAAGGAUAUUUAAAACAAAAUUAAAUGAAUCUUUUGUUUGUUAAGUACGACAUUGAGAAGUUCAAUUUUGUAGUAAUGUUUCUAUGUGUUUCAUAUUAAUCACAGUUUGUAUCAUUGUCACAUGAGUUCCAUCAUACUCUUGUGGUUUUUAGACAAACUAGACAUAAUAUUUAAUAGUCUCUGAUCUUUUAUAAUUAAAACCUCUGUCACAUUUUUAAUAGUAAAUAUAAGAAAAUUUUGUACGUAUGUUAUUUGCACUUGAAACUGAUGCUUGUCUCUGCUAUGACUAAUGUUAAUUUGUAAUAUAGCUUCACGCUUUUAUCAAGAUUUACUGUUUUAAUUUUAAUUUUAUGAUAACAUACUAAAAUUAAAAUAUUACUUAUCGUAAUAUUACUGAACAAUACUAUAGUCAGUAAAUUUUAUCUAUACCAAGAGAACAUGUGAUGGCAAUAUGUUUAAACAUUUUUUAACCAAGUUUUCAAUGAAAUUCUUAAAUUCAAUGCAAAAUUAAUUGCUUGCAAGUGCAUUAAGAAAUUACCUACAUAUUUUAAAUAAAAAACAUCAGUUACGAACGUAUUAAUUUAAAAUUAUUUUAGUUGUUGACCAAAAUUUGGGCCACACAAACUUACUGAUAAAAAUCUUUAAUUUUGAUGGCAGCAUUCUAAGUGUCCAAUCUUCAUUAAAACUGUAUAUUAUAUACGGCACUAUGCCUAAGAAUUAUUUUCAAAAAUCUGUGUCAACACGAUAGUGCUGUUCAUCUACGAUCAUUUUGUCGGCAAGCGAUGUAUUUACGAUUGCUAUAUCUUCUGAGUUACUGGGUCUAUUUUAAUUUUUUAGCUUUGAGGUUGAUAUGUCACUGGAAGUGUUAAAUAAAAAAAAUUAGAUCCAAUAUCUGCUUCAGGUAACAGUUGUAUUAUAUUUAUUAUUAUUCCUCUCAUAUUAAUAUGUUAUACGACUUUAUUUCUAAUUUUUACGUAUAUACGAUAAAAUUACGCCCCUUGUGCGAUAGGAACAAUAUUUCUGGUCGGUAAUGUUGCCUAAAAUAUUUCAACGAUAGAAGAACACUUGUGUAUGUCAUGGUAUAAGCGAGAUAGCUUUAAGCAAUGCGAGUAUAACUACUGUUAAAUUUAAAAUUAUUGUGGUAUUUAACUGAAUAUAGUAUAGAAUGAACUAUAGGUAAAUAGCUAAUUUAAUAGGGUAAUAUAGGGGCUUUUUAUAUUCGUGAAAAAUGAAGACGCCAGAGUCUGUGAAAACUUUCUUUGUUGUAAUUAAUGAAAGAAAAUGUUUCAUAAGUACUUUGGAGGUAACUUAUUUUCGCAUAUUUUUUCGAUUGACUUUUGUAUUCUUUUUUCUCUCUAUUGUACUCAUUUUGCUCAUUUUUCACAUAUCUGUAUAUUUUGAUUAUAUUUGGGUAUUGCAUUGAACCUCUAAAUGGUUACACACUUGAUACGAUUUUUACACAAAAAAAUCAGCAAAUUUAACUAGGUUUGUUGUUUUAUUUUAAAUCAGCAUUCAUUUACUAAUUAAAGAAUUUAUGACAGUAAAUUUUUUAAAGAAAAAAAAUAAUUGAAAAUGUUACUUUUUUCUUGUAAAACAAGUACCGAGUAAGCAUUGAGCAUAUUUUGUUUUGAGAGGAUAUUCGGGCGGCGUUAAGUUCAUAAUGUCAAAUUUUUCUUCUGUUUUCUGCUUGGAUAAUGACACUCGUGAAAUUAUUUUUUACGAUAUUAUCUAUAUCUACUUUCUACCUCUGCUAUGUUUCUAUGUUUUGCGCUUUCCAUCGAUUAAUUUAAAAACUAAGAACCUUUCAAAAUUACUAAAACCGUUUUACCGUGUAGUGGCGGUGUACGAAUAUUCACUACCUUAUUGAUAUAAGAUGAUUCUUGUGAGUGUCAUCAGAGGGAAACAAAUCAUUAGAUGGGCAGCGGCUUCUUUCUAAAAACAACUAAAAAUAAAAAACUGCGGUCGCCAAUCCGCUUGCCAAGUGUGGCAACUUUGGCAAAUAUCUCCGGUCGGUUAAGGACACUCUUAAUUUGGCCCAUUUAAUAUAUCGCCAAUAUGGUCGAUAAACUCUAGGUCUCUAGUGCAUCCUUUGCCGACUGUCCUUCACUUCUCCAACAUAAAUUUGCAUUGUCGCUCUUUCCUCAUUCAUUCUUGAUUAAACCACCGAAGAAAUCCUUUCACCUUAAUCCUGGUCACAACAUUACCUUGCAAACGACCCUGUCAGGGGAAUACGAAAUGAUGAUUUGUAUAUUUUUCACAUGUAUAAAUACUAAUAACAAUUGACUCUCUUGUUUGUCUGGCUCUAUCGUUCAGGCACAGCGCGAUAGUAUCGUUAAAAACUUAUUCUCUAAAUUUCUUGCAGCCUCGAUAUCCUCUUAGUGUAAUUUUAAAGGCAUCAGGAAUUUCGUUAGUAACUUCAAUGCAGACCCAAUUUGUUUAAACAUUAGUUUGAUGCAUAGCUAGCAAAUUUUAACAAUCUUCUAAAUAGAACAACACUAAAUAAAAUAAAAUAUGUCUUAAUCCCUAUAUAAUAUGAAACAAUAUUGCACUUUUAAAUUAUAAUAAGAGAAAUUAAAAAAUUGAGAGUGUUACCACUACCACUGAUAUUUCUAUUCUAUUUAUAGUAGUAGUCUAUUCAUAAUAGAGGAUAUUCUGUCUGCCAAAGUACAUGUGGUAGUGGAACCCUUAUUCGAUAUAAAUGUCAAAUAUUGGAAACUAGUAUGGAAAGAUUUGAUGUUGUUUUUUCAGACUCAUUAUUGCUGAUAAAAUAACUAAUGGAUGCCAGCAGCAAUAACAAUCACAGGUGUUGGUUUUCGAGAGAGAUUCAGUCUAAGAUUUCAUGUAAUAUUUCAGAAAUAGAGUUCUUUUUUUUUUUAAUAUUCAAAACAAAUAUACUAUUCACGUUCUGAGAGUUAAAGGAUGUGUAAUGUAGAAUUCAUGUGCAAGUGUGGGAAAUUCAAAGAAAACCAGCAAGAAAUAAAGCUGUUUUGAUUUGU